CACGCCUCAAUCCUCAUCUCAAGCUCUCUGCCUCCCUACCUCACUCUCACGGUCUCAAGCUCUCUACGCCUCUGCCUCACUCAACUCAAGCUCACUCUCUCUGAAUAUCCCUCACUCUCACGGUCUCACCUCAUGCACGCCUCUGAAAUUUUUUUUUUCCAAUCUCAAGCCUAAGGGUUUCAAUUCAACACAGCCAUGCCUCGCUACUACUGCGAUUACUGUGACACCUACUUGACUCACGAUUCUCCAUCUGUGAGAAAGCAGCACAAUGCAGGUUACAAACAUAAGGCAAAUGUUAGGUCAUACUAUCAGCAAUUUGAGGAGGCACAAACCCAAAACUUCAUUGACCAAAGGAUUAAGGAACAUCUUGGGCAAACUGCAGCAUUCCAGCAGGUUGGUGCUGCUUACAAUCAACAUCUAAUGGUUCAGAGGCCCCGCCUUCCUAUUCUACCUACACCUGUAAUGCCGAUGCCUGGUAGCACACAGUUACCUGGAAGUUCACCAUUAAUCCCAGGGAUUAGGCCUCCUGUUUUGCCAAGACCCCUUGGUGCUCCAAGUUAUAUGCCUUCUCCGGCAAUGGCACCUAUGAUGGCUCCACCUGGUGCUCCUUCCUUACCUGCUCAAUUAAAUCCUAUUCCAAGGCCUCCUGGUAGUGUAGCUACAACAGUUCCUGGAAGCACAGCAGCACCCACCUCUUCCAACGGUGCACCACCUAUGGUCACACCACCAUUGUAUCAAGCCAAUCCAGUGGCAUCAACAGGUGGAGGCUAUGAUAGUCUCAAUGCCAACACUCAAGCUCCUGAGGCUAAUCAUUAGCCUUGAUCUUCUGGCAAAUGAAGCAAGCCAAUAAAUUUUUGUGGUUCAACUCCUAUGUUGGGAUUUCCAUCAUUUGGUCCAGUGAUUUUCAGUUCUCACUAUGUAAUGUGCAUUAAGAGCUUGUCACAUGAUGCUCUGAACAUAAAGAAUGGUUGUGCAUUCUCAUUUUUGUAAGAAUCAUGCCAUAGAUGCAUAUCUAGUUGUUGCUACUGGAAAAGCACCGUUUACAGAGAGUUAUUAUCUACUUUGACAUGCUCUUAUGCUGUAGCAGCAAUUAUUGCUUGAAAUAUGUAUUCAGAAACCAAUUCGCAAGCAAGUGCUGGUUGCAAGGAAAAGACAAUUUUUGGCCAA